AUGACCAUCUAUCCACACCAUCAGUCUAGUAACUCAAGUCCACUGGACUAUGUCGACGCCCUGGUCUCUGAGUACGAAUCGCUCAAAGAACCAAGUGACGGUCUAUGCUACAUACGCGGUAGUCCCAAACUCUACUCGUCUUUCUGCGACCUCAUCAAACACCACAUCGGUCUGAUUAUGAGUCGCCCCAAGGCUAUCGAAGAUGGUUACGUUACUGUCUAUGACAAGUGUCUGUUGGAGCUGUGUCGCAAUGGCAAAGACGUAGACAAUCUAGCUGGUCAAGAGUUCUACAUUCGAGAGUUUAUGGGAAUUGAUCCAGACUCGCGCCUGCAGAGUUAUGUCGAGGAUAUGAUUGAUCGCGAGGUUUCGGUUACGGAUGACCUAUUGCGAUCUUACCGGUCGCGCUCCGAGUCUCAGCACCAACAAAUCAAGGAGGAAGUGAAGACCAAUACAGUGACGAAGUCUGAAGCGACUCCUUCUCAGAAUCUCCCGUUCAGCGAGACAGUCUUCGCCGCUUAUGCAACAGUCUUUCAUCCAAAUAUGAGCAUAAACGCAAACAUCAACCGCAUGCUACACACUUACUUCAAGGCCAAGAGCGAUUUCUACGCCUUACACGAAUCAGCCAGAGACAGAGAUGACCCCAAACUCGCCGAUGCAGCAAAGUUCCUACGUGACAGCGCCGAGAAUGCACUUAGCUACCUGCAGGCCCAGGGGAUUCUGUCACUGUGCGAUAGCAGCUUGGUAAUGGAACUUCAAACCGUGUUUGGUUUUGCGAAGAGCAAGGCGAUUGAAUUUCUCGGUGGAAGGAAGCGGCGAUUCGAGAUUGAGAGCUUUUAUAGGGAUGGCGGUAGCGGCAGCAUCAAGAGUAACAGCCGGGUGCUGGGGCCUGAGAGACCCCUGAAACCUAGAAAACGCCAUGCCAUUGAUCGCUACUCUGGUGCGUAUGCUGAUUAUUCAUGGCAUCCGUAUGCUCAGUAUGAGACCUCCCGUACUGUACGACGUCGUUCGAGUUGA